CCUUGGAAAACCCACAGCUCCAUUUUAUCAUCUCUAUUUCACAUUCACACAGAGCAAAAAGGAGGAGAAUAUAGAGAAGAAGAAGAAGUAGAAGAAGUUUGAGUGAAAUUGAUUAAGAUGGGGAGGGGAAAGAUUGAGAUCAAGAGGAUUGAGAACUCAACCAACAGACAGGUUACCUACACUAAGAGAAGGAAUGGAAUCAUCAAGAAAGCUAAGGAAAUCACUGUUCUAUGUGAUGCCAAGGUUUCCCUCAUCAUCUUUUCUAGCUCCGGAAAGAUGCAGCAAUACUGUAGCCCUUCCACUACGUUGGUUGAUAUCUUGGACAAUUAUCACAAGCAGUCCGGAAAGAGAUUGUGGGAUGCUAAACAUGAGAACCUCAGGAAUGAACUGGAUAGGAUCAAGAAAGAAAAUGACAACAUGCAAAUCGAGCUCAGGCACCUGAACGGGGAGGAUAUAACAUCUUUGAACCACAGAGAGCUGAUGGCCAUAGAGGAUGCACUUGACAAAGGCCUCGCAAGUAUCCGUGACAAGGAGGUCGAGGUUAUCAACAACAUUAGAGAAAAUGGAGAAAUGUUAGAGGAGGAACAUAAGCAACUAAGGUACAGGCUGCAUCAAAAGGAGAUUGAAUUGGAGGAGAAAGUGAGAGAGAUGGAUAUUAAUGGAUAUUACAAUUCCCACAUGCCUUUUGCCUUCCGGGUGCAGCCUAAUCAGCCAAACCUACAAGAGAGGAUUUAAUAUAUUAAUAUAUAUAUAUAUAUAUAUAUGUGUUUGUGUUUGCUUAUAUGGAUAUAAAUAUAUAUAAAUAUAUAUAUAUAAUCAAGAAUAUUGUAUGUGGCUUGCUUAAAUUCUGAACAAAUGCUUUCAGUUUCAGGGGUUUGUAAAAGAUUUCAACUUAAGCUCUUUAAACUAGUAUAUGGAUCGUCCUACUAAAACUCCUAUUAAAGGUUGUGUUGUAUGUUUGUUGGGCAUUAUUGCUUGAUUAAGUACUUCUUUUAGUGUGUGUUUAUUUUAA